AAACUUCCUGAUGAUGCUAUUUUGGUGGCAGAUGGUGGUGACUUUGUUGGAUCAGCAGCAUACAUCGUACGACCACGUGGUCCAUUACAGUGGCUUGAUCCUGGAGCAUUUGGUACACUCGGUGUAGGUGGCGGAUUUGCACUUGGAGCCAAAGUGGUUCACCCUGACCGUCCAGUGUAUAUUCUCUGGGGAGAUGGGUCAUCUGGUUAUUCCAUUAUGGAAUACGAUACAUUUACUCGGCACAAGUUGCCAGUUAUUGGUGUUAUUGGUAACGAUGCUUGCUGGUCUCAGAUUGCUCGAGAGCAAAUUCCGAUGUUUGAUAGCAGUGUUGCAGUUGACUUGGCGAGAACCCACUAUGAUAAAGUGGCAGCUGCUUUGGGAGGAUGGGGCGUAACGAUUGAUGCUGAAAAUGUGUCAUCUACUGAAGAAAUUCUAGAGGAAGCUCUGCGUGAAAAUCGUCAGGGCAAAAGUGCUCUACUCAAUGUACUUAUUGGCAAAACGGACUUCAGAGAGGGUUCAAUAUCAGUGUAG